AUGGUAAGCCCUUCAACGUUCCUGUAUUGGUUGACUUUACCGAGAACCUUCCCCGCCCCUGACAUUUCCUUCCAGGCCGACAAGCUCCGAAAUCAGCAAGAACUCGACCGUCUUCAGGCGAAGUUCCUCGGGACUGGCCACCCAGACACCUCAAGCUGGGAGUGGACGACGAACCUCCAGCGCGACACGUAUUCGUCCGUGGUCGGCCAUCGACCUAUGCUUGCCUAUAUUGCUGUUGCAGAAAACGAGCCGAUCAGCAAAGUCCGCGCAGCCCUGAUUCGAAAAAUGGUCCAGCCUAGUGGCCCUCCACCAGGGCCUGAUGACGACGUGGAUCUCCCGCGUGAGAGGAACGCUUGA